AUGGCCUCGACGCGGAGCAAAGUUGCGAUUUGGCUCUGGGGGCCAGACCCCAGAGAUCGUGAUCUUCUGGCCAAACUCGACGUGACACUGCUUCCCUACUUUUCGUUGAUCUGGUUUCUUUUUGGGGUCACUCGAGCCAGUUACUCCUCCGCUUAUAUUAGCGGAAUGAAAGAGGCCCUCAACUUCCAGGGGAAAGAGUACAAUUACAUGAUCACCGCGUAUUUGGUUGUUUAUGCCGUUUGUCAAAUGCCCGGAACCAGUCUUCUGACCAUCGUGCGGCCCAAAUAUGUGUUUGUCGCGGCCAAUGUGACCUGGAGUAUGUUGACCUUGAUCACAUACAAGAUGACCCAUGCGUGGCAGGUUAUUCUGUUGAACGCGAUUGAAGGAGGGUUCUCGGCCAUCGCAUACGUCGGGGCCCAAUUUAUACUCGGCUCCUGGUACAAGAAGUCCGAACUCGGCAUACGGGCUGCGGUGUUCUGUGUGUUUGGUCAUAUAGGGAGCAUGGCGGGCGGUUGGAUUCAAGCUGGACUGCUGGAGACGCUAGCGGGCAAGGGAGGCCUACCCGCUUGGAAAUGGAUCUUUAUUAUCGUCUCCGUGAUGACUGUCCCAGUUGCGCUAUUCGGCUGGGUCUUCAUUCCAGACCUCCCGGCACACCGUGCGGCCUGGUAUCUCACUGACGAGCAAAAGGAGCACGCCAUUACUCGUCUGGGCGUUCCUCGCAAGACGUCCUGGGACGUGACCGUAUUCAGGCGUGUUCUGCUGAGCUGGCAAUUCUGGCUCUUACCGUUUAUUUUCAUGCUGUACUCUCUAUCCGUGCAAAUGCUACAGAACAACGUCAUGGCCUACUGGAUGGCUGGACGAGGGUACACAACCGUUCAACAGAACAACUAUCCCACCGGAGUGUACGCGACCGCAAUUUUUGGCACCGUUCUCUAUGCCAUCAUCUCGGACAAGCUCAAGUCCCGCUGGGAGGUCUCUAUCGCCAUCGGCCUGACUUUUGUCAUUGGCUCAGCCAUUCUGGUGUCAAACCCGCCCACGGACGCCGGCUAUUUCGUGGCAUUCUAUCUACUUGGAACCACCUUUGCACCCCAGGCAGUUUGGUACUCCUGGCUGGCCGACGUGACCGGCCACGAUUUCCAGCUCCGUGCCAUUGCGACCGGAUUCAUGAACUCGUUCGACUUUGCAUUCGUCACCUGGUGGCCGUUGAUCUUCUACCCUGCAACCGAUGCGCCGGAUUUCCACAAAGGAUAUACUGCGAGUCUAGUGACGGGGGCGCUCACCCUACCUCUCAUUGGGGCGAUCGCUUACCUGGAGAAGAGGGACACGGCGAGCGGGAUCAUCGGUACGGUUGCGGUCGAGAACCCCCUCAUUGAUGAUGAUGGUUCGCGAGACGGCGAGCCAGGCAAGCCGGCCAAUGCGCCGGUCAACGUGCGAGCGACUGAGGUCAGCGUGUAG